UGAUUCAUUAAUUGAUGAUUAAUAUUAUAACUUUUUAAGUAAAAGUACAAUUUUAAUUGAUCACAGAAUCAGUCGGUUUGCGGAGAUGAAGCGCGUUCAAGUAUUUAUUGUGUUCUCGGCUUUUUUGGCAUGCGUGUUGUCAGCGGACAGUGUUUCAACUAAAGUAACGAAACAAUGUUAUUUUGAUAUCACCAUCGGUGGGAAGUUUCAAGGACGCGUUGUUGUAGGUUUGUUUGGCGAAGUUGUACCAAAAACUACAGAAAAUUUUCACCAACUUUGCACGCACGAGAAAGGAUUUGGCUACAAAAACAGCAAAUUUCACCGAGUCAUUAAAGAUUUCAUGAUUCAAGGUGGAGAUUUCACUCGUGGUGAUGGCACUGGAGGUAAAAGUGUUUACGGAGAAAGGUUUGCUGAUGAAAACUUCAAACUGACCCAUUAUGGUGCUGGAUGGUUAAGUAUGGCGAAUGCCGGUAAAGAUACGAAUGGUUCACAAUUCUUCAUCACAACUGUAAAAACUCCAUGGCUUGAUGGUCGCCAUGUUGUGUUUGGAAAAGUUGUUGAUGGCAUGGAUGUCGUCCGAAAGAUUGAAAACACUAAAACUGGUCCAGAUGACCGCCCCCUCAAAGACGUUGUCAUUUCUGACUCUGGCGAUGUAAAGGUGGACAAGCCUUUCGUCGUAGAUAAGACAGCUGCAAAAGAAUAAAUUGAUAGUUUUGUCAAUUGACGUUAUUUCAGUUAUGAUUUAUCAUAUGCUUUAGAUUAUGUAAUACUGAAAUAUGUUUUCAACCACACCUAA